GUUGUUUGCUGACAUCUUCUUCUCGUGUCUGCUGUCUCUGAUCUCUGUCUGUUGGAUCUUCUCUGAUCUCUUCAGACUCUGUGAGGCUGCUGAAUGGGACCAGUCUGUGUUCAGGCAGACUGGAGGUCAACUACAACCAGUCUAACCAGUCCAAGCAGAGCUGGACCUCCGUGUGUGAAGCUGAUUUUGACCAGCAGGAUGCAGAGGUGGUCUGUAGGGAGAUUGGCUGCGGGCCUCCCUCAUCCCUCCAGGGGGCGCUCUAUGGAGACAUGGGGGCUCCAGUGUGGAGCAAAGAGUUCCAGUGUGAAGGCCAUGAGUCUACUCUCCUGGACUGUAGGAGCUCAAACUCUACUAGAAGCAGCUGCUCACCAGGCAAAGCUGUUGGACUCACCUGCUCAGAGCCUAUCAGGUUAGUGGGAGGAGCCAGUCGCUGUGCAGGUAUACUGGAAGUGAAACUGGGAGAGUGGAGACCAGUGCAUACAUUGCGCUUAACCCUGAAGGAAGCAGCUGCUUUUUGCGAACAUCUGAACUGUGGCUCAGAUGUUUCUGUAAAACAGAGAAAUUCUUCAAACAGACCUCUGUGGGCUCCCAGACCUUACUGUGGACUUACUUAUUUUUCUGCGAUGGGGUGUUUAAAACACACAAUCAUUGUCAGUUCAUCAUGGAGGUCUCCUCCAGUCCUGGAGCUCACCUGUUCAGGAAAACAGGGGGCAGGUGCAGGGCAGAUGGGAGAAUAGGGGCCUGGUGGACUUUAACCUCUGUGUUGGUGCUGCUGAAGAACGGAUGGCUGAAGAGGGAGGUUCUCAGGGAGCAGAAGAGGCAGUCCAGUGAGCUAAUGUCACAGUCAGACACAUUUUCAGCUGACAAAUGAGGAACCAUCAGUUCAGAUUUGACUUUUUCCCCUUUAAACAGCCUUCAACUGUAAUGAUUCUGCAGUUUUCUUACUGUAAGCAUUAAAAUACUAAAACUAUCAA